AUAACUUCUCCCUUGAUGACUUUUUACAUCUCCACUGUUAAAGAGCUAACAAUGGGACACGCAGCUGAAAUAUCGGUGUUUGUCAGCAUAUUAAUUGUAAACUUGAUUGUGAUGUAUUGCAUAAAUCAAGUACAACAGAGUCCAUACAUGGAUGAAAUAUUUCAUAUACGCCAAGCCAAACAUUACUGUCAUGGUAAUUUUACAGUGUGGGAUCCAAUGAUAACUACCCUUCCUGGGCUAUAUUUAAUAACAGUGGGAAUCUUGAAGCCUUUUAUUCUCCUGCUUGGGGUAGACACAGCAUGUUCUCUGGCAGGUCUCCGCCUCGUAAACAUCCUGUUCCAAGCAGGAACAUUUUAUGUCCUGAGAGCAAUCUACAAAACCAUACACUCUACACCCCAAGCAAACAACAAAGAAGCUGACAAAGUGGCCUUGGUGACAGCUAUAACAUUGACCUUCUUUCCUUUGCUGCACUUCUUCACCUUUUUGUACUACACUGACCCAGGAUCCACUUUCUUUGUCUUGCUAAUGUAUCUCUUUCAUCUUCAUGGAAACAAAACAUUGGCUGCAUUCAUGGGUGGAAUGUCAAUUUUGUUUCGACAGACAAACAUUGUCUGGGUCAUAUUUAUGGCCGGUUUGUCUGCAGCAGAUGUUAUUCAGGAUUGGAUGAACAACCAUGCGCAUGUCAAGAAAAAAGACAAAACACAGCAGGCCCCUUUAACAGAUGGACAAACCUUUCAGAGUUUCCUGAAACUUCUGUUUGGUGACUUUAAACAUGCACCCCAGAAGCUUCUCGGACUGAUUGGAUGUGUGAUAGUGCAGUGUCUUUAUUACAUCAUCAUCAUGGUACUGUUUGGUUUAUUUGUUCAUUUAAACAAAGGCAUUGUUGUAGGAGACAGGUCCCAGCAUGAAGCUUGCUUGAAUUUUCCCCAGAUCUUUUACUUUGUUUCAUUCACCGUUUUAUUUCUCGGACCAUACAUGAUCCGUCCAAGUCGGAUCAUUAAUUUCAUUCUUUUUUCUGUGAAUCAUCUAACACUUACUGUAGGAUUUUUAGCAAUAUCUUAUGCCCUUGUAAAUAAAUACACCUAUGUUCAUUUGUAUUUAAUAUCUGAUAACAGACACUACACAUUCUAUGUAUGGAGCAAAAUCUAUGAGAGAUUGCCUCAAAUCAGGUAUGCAUUGAUCCCAACAUAUUAUUAUGGAAUCUUUUCUCUUUUGCAAACCAUGAAGUAUAAAAAUGUAUUUUGGAAACUAGUUUUCAUUAUAUGUCUGUGUGCAUCAACGAUUCCGCAAAAAUUACUGGAGUUCCGAUAUUUUAUAUUGCCUUACCUAUUGUACAGACUCAAUGUAAGAUUCAUGUCAUGGAAGGAGUUAGCAUUAGAGGUCUUGAUAUACUUUACUGUCAAUGUGUUCACUAUUUACAUGUUCAUAGCCAAACCUUUUAAAUGGGGAGAUAAUGUUGAUUUACAGAGAUUCAUGUGGUGAUCUAGUCCAAAUUAUGAUUGGUAGACAUGUUUAUAGUUUGAUUAAUGUCAUUUUAGGUUUGAUUAGGCAUGUGUACAUCUGAUUCAUUUAAAAGUGGUACAUGUACACUUGUGCGGUACAUGUAUAAGUCAAUAUGUAAUGCUUUUUCUUGUUCAUUUUCUAUUCUUUGUUGCUGUAAAUUUUGAUUUGUAUUUGAUGUAUUACUUUUGAAAAAUAUUUUUGAUAGUCAGCUACUUUUUUAGUUUGUUUUUUGAAACAAACUGAGUAAAUGAAACAAUCUUGAUAAAAAAAUUGCAUUGAAUUGUAAUAACAUUCCAUAUAUCGAUAACCACAUAACUGAUUCAAUACCUAUGUGAAUUGUAUUAAGUUUGUAUUCUUGAAGAUGCAUUUUUUAAUGAAUAUACAUGUAACAGCAGUGAACUAACUUUACUUGUACUUUUUUGCUCACCUGAGCUGAAAGCUUAAGUGAGCUUUUCUGAUUACUUUUUGUCCAACGUCUGUCUGUCUGUCCGUAAACUUCUACAUUUUCAAUUUUUUCUCUAGAACCACUUGGCCGAUUUCAACCAAACUCGGCACAAAGCAUCUUUAGGUGAAGGGGGUUCAUGUUUCUUAAAAUGAAGGGCAACUCUCUCUUUCAAUGGGAGAUAAUUAAAAUAUUAUUGAAAAUUUGUUGGUAUUUUCAUAAAUCUUUUCUCAAGAACCAUUUGGCCAGGAAAGCUGAAAUUUGUGUGGAAUCAUCCUCAGGUAGUGUAGAUUCAAAUUUGUUCAAAUCAUG